UCUCUUCCCGUCAGAACACAAAUCCCAAAUCACCAACCAAUUCCCCUUCCCUCCUCUCCCGCGUCCCGACGAGCACCGGCCGCCAGACAUGGACGCCUCAGCCACCGGAGCCGGAGCGAAGGCGAAGAAGGGCGCGGCCGGGCGCAAGGCCGGCGGGCCCAGGAAGAAGUCGGUGACGCGGUCGGUCAAGGCCGGGCUCCAGUUCCCCGUCGGCCGCAUCGGCCGCUACCUCAAGAACGGCCGGUACGCGAAGCGCGUCGGCACGGGCGCCCCCGUCUACCUCGCCGCCGUCCUCGAGUACCUCGCCGCGGAGCUGCUGGAGCUCGCCGGGAACGCCGCCAAGGACAACAAGAAGUAUCGCAUCGUGCCCAGGCACCUGCUGCUGGCCGUCCGGAACGACCAGGAGCUCGGGAGGCUGCUGGCCGGCGUGACCAUCGCGCACGGCGGCGUGCUGCCCAACAUCAACCCGGUGCUGCUGCCCAAGAAGACCGCGGAGAAGGAGCCCAAGUCGCCCAAGAAGGCCGCCAAAUCCCCCAAGAAGGCCGACAAGAAGGCCUAGAGAGAGACGCGCACCCAUUAGCCUAGGCGUUGUAGUGCUCUGUAGUGACAGUGAUCGCUGUUUCGAUGUAGAUCUGUGUUGAAAAUGUCAGAAAUCUCUCUGAUUUGAGGAAA